AAGCUAAGCUGAAGCAUCCCAACUGAUGUACCAGCAUAGUGAUUCCCUUGGCCCUGGGAUAGCUAAUAGGGUCUGGAACAGACGAAUUUCAGUAAGCAAGUUACCCAAGAGUGCUAGCUUCAGUUUGUACUGUGACAGGACAAGGGUUGGGAAGCACAGGAGCAGACACAGGAGACCCAUCAGGAACUGAGGGCGUUGGUUAGGAAGAGUGACAUACCUGAGUCACUUAGAAGAAGAAGCUACUGCGGGUAGGCUCACACACUCUCACUUGGAGCUCAACCUUUACAUUUGCCUUACCUUCCUCUCCACCUCCAUCCAAACCCCAAUCUUGUCCGGUCUAACUUCUGGAUAUUUACCUUAUUCUGUCUUCCCUUUUGCUUUCCGCUGACUGCAGUACAGCUGGAGCUCUCUUAUAAUGUAGCUUGAGGGGGACUUCCCUGGGGGUAAAGAAUCCACCUUCCAAUGCAGGGGACACAGGUUCGAUCCCUGGUCAGGGAACUAAGAUCCCACACGCCACAGGGUAGCGAAGCCUGCACACCUCAACUAGAGAGCCUGUGUGCCGCAAACUAUGAGCCCACGCACCGCAACAAAAGAUCCCGCGUGCCACAACUAAGACCUGAUGCAGCCAAAAAAAUUUUUUUAAAUAAAUAUUAAAGUAAAUAAAAUGUAGCUUGAACUACUAAUCACUUUGCUAGCUUCACUUCGUCAUACUCACAACAUCCAAGGAGAUCUUUCUGAAUUCCUGUGAAGAAGGUACCAUUUGUUGCUUCUUAGCACUACCUGCCUCCCCUGUCCCAUCUCUCCCAGCAUCCCCACCACACUAUUUGAUCUGAUCACAGCAAACCACACGGGCCUUGGAAUCUGCCAGUGUUCCAUGCAUUCUUUGUCUAGAAUUCUCUUACCCACUUGGCCUUUCUGACUUUGCCUAGCUCAGAUAAGCCCUCCAAGAAGAAUGAGCUCCCACAGUAUGAGCCUUGACAACAUCUAUAAAUACUACGUUGGACUUAUGUCUUCCUACCCAAAGAGUGAUUCUAAGGACAGGGGGCAUAUAUGACUCGUGACAGCAUUACCAAUGUCUAGCAUGAGUGAAUCUUUCUGGAUGGGAAGAAGAAAUAGUAUAAAAAUGUCAGUUCUCACUUUAUAGAUUCAACGCAUUCAAAAUUUCAGUAACGAUUCUAAGAUGAUUUAGAGGAAAAUAAUACAAAACAUUUCUAAAGGUCAUACAGACCAUUAAUAGAGGACUCUUACAAGAUACUACAGGAGAGUAUUCCUGCCUAAUAAUAAAACAUACAACAACAAAAAAGUAAAAACGACCUGGAUGAAAUUACCCUGAGGGUUAUUCAGACCCUAAAAGAAUUUACCAGGAGUAUCACAAAUCCAAGGAAUAUGAAUGAAUUAGUUAAUAAAUGGUGCUGAAAUUAUAGUUUACAACUGGAAAAGAACUUACAUCCCCAUUAUGCUAUAAACCAAAAUCCUAGAUAAACAUUAACAAUGAAAAUUUUUUAAAGCUCUGAAGGGGAGAAGAUGAAAUUGAAAAGGCUCAAAAGAAUGGAAAAUACACGUGACUAUAUAGAGACUUAAAGCUAUAAAAGGAAAAGGAUCAAAGUUUAAAAAAAUAUGGCAAACAGCCCAUAUAAAAUUAGAAUAAAAGUCUGGAUCAUCAUAAAGGGACCAAAGUCAUAACAAUUCACAAAAUAAGUAACUAAAAGUGGCAAGGGAUAUUUAACUUCACUACUAUUUAAAAGAGAAAAAAAAUCAAUGAAUUGCUAAUUAGUAGACAAAUUUUGAAAUAUGUGGUUAUGGUAUUAACAUCAUUCACACAAUGCCUGGUAAUGUUCAAAAUCUUUAGAGUGCUUAUAUGCGCCAGGUUCUGUUCUCAGUGCACUACAUACAAUACAGUACAACAGCAGCUCUGGGGUAGAUGCUGUUAUUUCACUUUACAGACGAGGAAACACACCCACAAAAGUAGCCAGAAGUACACAACUGGGAAAAGGGAGCUCCAAGGAUUCCAAGCAAGGCAAUCAAGUAAAUGCACAGUGAACGAACAGGUAAUUGAACACUUUGGGCUGUAUUUUAAUUCAGAACAAUCCUGUUUUUUUUAAAGAAGGGAUUCACUAACCCCUUACAGUUAAUAUAACCUAAGCGUAAGGAGUGUGUUGAGGGGAGGAUAAAACGAUUAUAGGGGGGAAAAAGCAAGGCGUAGGGGUGUUUGGUUCCUCAUUACUAGUUACACAAAAUUCUCAAAACUGCAAUGGGACAACCAUUUAAAGCCUUGUAACUAAGGACGAUCAUGAAGACUACAACGCCAGGAAAAAUGCUCGCAGUAGAAAAGAACAGGGACAAGAACGAGAAAAGGAGACGAGCACAACACAAACUAAGAAAUUAACAUUUAAAUUUUUAGAAUUUUUCACUAUACGCACUAAAUCUCAAAAAAUAUACUAAAAUAGUUUUCUUCCCUCACCCCCCAAAUCCUUUCAUUUAAUGAAACUUAACCACGUGUCAGGAACUGGGCUAAAUGCCUCACCACCAUCUCAUUCUUACAACAACCUGUGAAGCAGGAACUGUUAUCCUGUUUCACGGAUGAGCAAACUUAGGCUAAGACAAAGCGAAACUGCCUUGAGCUUCAGUUCCGGCUGCCGGGCUCCCGGAGCCAGCGCAACUGUCGCAGGCCGCCUCCCGGGAAACCGAGCUCGCCCCGCCCCGUCACCGGCCCACUUCCGCCCCUGCGCACUGGGGCUCUGGCGGACCGCGCUGUCUGGACGUGAUGGCAGCUUCCCGCUUACCCCCAGCGACGCUAACGCUAAAGCAGUUCGUGAGAAGGCAACAAGUUCUCCUCCUCUACAGAAGGAUUUUGCAGGCAAUUCGGCAAGUUCCAAAUGAUUCUGAUCGCAAAUACCUGAAGGACUGGGCAAGGGAAGAAUUCAAAAGAAACAAAAGUGCCACCGAAGAGGAUACAAUCCGGAUGAUGAUUACUCAAGGCAAUAUGCAGCUCAAAGAGUUAGAAAAAACACUUGCUUUAGCCAGAUCUUAACUACAGCAUUAUUCUGAAAGGUUUUCAAAGUCUCCAUGUGUUUAGUUGAGCUUAGGCUCAACAGUGGGUAGCCCAAAGCCAAGUGAAACUAUCUGUACAUAGAGCCCUUGAGCAAAAUAUCAGAACAUGGAGCAUGGCAUAUCAGAGAGAGCCAAGAAAAGGGCAUAAGAGCAAUUGUCUUAGCACUGAAAACAUACCUUUUAUUUUGAAAAUGUUCUUGGAUAUGUCAGCAGUUUUGGGAAGAAGCAAAAACCAGUACGAUAGCAUAUAAAAAGAUGUUCAACACCAUUAAUCAUUAGGAAAAUGCAAAUCAAAACCACCAAGAGAUACUAUUUACAUCCACUAGAAUGGCUAUAAUUAAAAAGGGAGAUAAUUGCAAAUGUUGGCGAGGAUGAGGAUGUGGAGAAACUGGAACCCUUAAACACUGCUGGUGGGACUAUAAAAUUGUGCAGCCACUUUGGAAAAAAGACUGUCAGUUGCCCAAAAGGUUAAACAGCAUUAUUCAUAAUAGCCAAAAAGUAGACCAUCCAAAUGCCCAUCAGCUGAUUAAUGGAUAAGUAAAACGUGGUAUACCCAUACAAUAAAGUAUUAUUUAGCAAACAGAAAGAUGGAGUACUGACACAUGCUACACCUGGAUGAACCCUGAAAACAUUAAGUGGCCAGUCACAAAAGAUCAUGUAUGGUAUGAUUCUGUUUAUAUGAAUGCACAACUCUGAAUAUACUAAAAUCUGCUGAACUGUACAUUUUACAGGUAUGUGAAUUAUAUCUGAAUAAAGCCAUUUUUCCCCAAUUUUUUUGAAAUAUAAUUGAUAUAUAAUAUUGUGUAAGUCAAUUAAGCUGUUUUAAAACAGUGUGAGGUAUAGGGCUGGAGGUGUACUGACCUCAGGAGACACCAUGGAGCUUCCUUGGAAAGUCCUUCUGCAUUAACCCUCAGGGUUGUUGAGGUAUGUUCUUCAGAUGUGUUGCAUCUGAUAUUCAAGAGGACUUUCCAAAAAGAUCACCACUGGGAAUCUAGAACUUUGUAGGAAAAAGAAGAAAGAGAAGUUUAACAAAUGCACUGAAGCACCUACCAAGAAGAAGAGGCAACUCCUGGUCAAAACUAAUGUGGUUACCUUAAUAUCCACAUGGAAAGUAAAAUAAAUCAUUAAUUAAGGAAGCUCCUCAGUGCAUUAGGUUCUCCUCCAGUGCCAGGAAAAAACAGAGUUUGAAGAAUACAUUGGAGACAGAAGUUGACUUCAGGACACUUUUGAAAGAGACCAAAUGUGUUUAACAGUUAAUUUAGUGAAAGUGAAAGCUCGUGGAAGAGGCUGGGAUUGGCAGUUCACCUACAGAACAAAUCUAAAAAGUUAAUCCAAGAAUCAGAGUUAAUCCAAGAAUCUACAUCUGAAAGAUGUAGAAAAACUUUUGCAGGAUAAACAGUGUCUAGUGUUGGACCGUGUGCCAUUGGAGAGGUGUAAACCAGUGGUGUGUCACUAACCUGCAUUCCGAGCCACCCUUGCCCUUCCACAGCUCCAGAACCCACAAGACAAAAAUAAUUCUGAAUACUCUGCCACCGGGGGAUGGCCUAAUCUAAAAUGCUUACAUAAGCCAAUUUUCAGGUUUUUAUAUAGAUGUACGUUAAUCAAGCCAUCUGAUGAACAGAGGGAAAAGCAUGUGUGAACAGUUUCUGAACAGAGAACCUUAGAAAGACUUACUCUUUUGUGUAGCAUGAUUGGCAAAUACUCAAGUACAGGCUAUCUAGUAAAUCUAAAAUCUUGAAGCUAAAAACCAUCCUUUUAUGAAGCGUGACAAGCAGUGACUUUGAUGUUCUUCCUAGAAGCACUGUAUGUGGAAGAUGUAAGAGCAUUUGUGGUUUGUAUUUGCAAGAAUCAAAUACCACAGACUCUCCAAGAAAACCUAAUGUGGGGUUUUGUUUUGAUUUUGUUUAAGUGAAUAAAACAUGAAAAUUUGAAUUUUCAUCUUCCAGAGACUAAGACUAUUCUCGUGGACAAGCUUUUCCCUUCCUCUCUAAAGAACAAUUUAAUUUUAUUUGUUCACUUACAUCUUUGCGUAUCUCCUGAAUUAUAGGCCAAGUCCGUUGUUUAAGCCCAAGAGAAGAUCUAUUUAGCAAUUUCUUCUCACAUGUGGAACCAUGGUCAUUAAGAUGUUGGCCAGAAUAGAACGCUGGUGAAACACAUUUUUUUCAUCAUCUUCAUCAGUAUUUUGGAUUAGGCAAAUUUACUGUCUGGGUGUUCCCUGUAAACUAACUAUACUGUUGUUUGAAUGCCGAAGUUUUGUUCCUAAAGUUUAAGAUGUCUGAAUGUUCAACUAAUGUAUAUUAACUACAAUAAAUGCAUCUUUAAACCCC